AUGAUUGACUGGGAUAAACUUAUUAAAAAUCAUGUUGUCAACCGCAUUAAGUGGAAAUUUAUCCCACCAGCUUCUCCCUGGUGGGGUGGAUUUUGGGAAAGAAUGAUUGGCCUGAUGAAAAACAUUCUCAGAAAAGUUUUAGGUAAUGCCUCACUGAAAUAUGAAGAACUCUAUACGAUCCUCUGUGAUUGCGAAAAUAUCUUAAAUUGCAGACCAUUAACUUAUAUUUCCGAGGACUUGGAACUGGAACCCUUGACACCUGCAAUGUUUUUUCGUGAUCUAAAAGAAAGUGGCGUUCCAGAUCUAGAUAUUAUUGAUGCCAAAUACUUACAAAAAAGGUAUGCAUAUCAGAUGAAGGUUAGAGAAGAUCUAAGAAAACGGUUCAGAACUGAAUACUUAGGACAACUGAAAAACCAUAUUUUAAAAACAGAGAAAUAUGUUAAACUAUCGGUUGGAGACAUUGUGUUAAUAAUAGAAACACCUGAGAAAAGAAUUAAGUGGCCUCUAGGAAAAAUUAUAACACUCAUCCCAGGAAAUGAUGGUGUAGUUCGUUUAGUAAAAUUACGCACCAAAAGUGGCGAAAUCCUUCGACCCAUACAACGAAUUUAUCCGUUGGAAGUCCAUUUACAAACGGAUAAUAUAGGAGACUGUUUGAGAAAGAAGCAUUCUGAUCAAAAAAUGUGUGAUAAGCCUACAACUUUCUAUUGGAUCUACAGAGUUUCGUGCCACUGA